AUGAAUGUCGAUACUAUUUUCAAUGACGGUCUGGAUGAAGUUCUGUGUAUAAUAAGGGACUUGCCUAGUUAUACAGCUUCAAAAUUAAAACAGGAGGAUUUCAAAAUAGCUCGAUAUGAAAUUGACAAUAUUUUAUUUAAAUUUCAAGAAUAUAUUAAAGGUUUACCUGCUCCCGAUGUUUCUUUAUGUGCUAGCAGUAGAGUACUCAUUUAUAAUGCAAGAAAUAUUUUGGAAGGCAUAUCAAUUGUAUUUAAUGUGCAAAUUAAUUAUAUUCAAAGACUUUAUUCAAAUUAUUUGAAAUACAAAGAAAGGCAAUUGGUUCCUAUUCCUUAUGACAGAUUUCAUUGCAGGAAACCAAAGAAAAAAAGUGGAAAAACAAAGAAAUUAGUUCCUGUCUUAACUGUCAUCGAAACUCUUGAUUCUGAGGUACCAAUGACAAGGGAUGCUCCCCUCGACACAUCUUUCUUUGAUGCGGCUGAACCUGUCCCUCCUUCAGCUGUAGAUGGUGCUGCAUUAUUUGAGCGUGAUUCGCUAUUGCUUUCUUCUCUGGGAGAUGCUGCACCCAUCCACCCUGAAGACUUAGAAUUGCGUUUUGCCGAAAGUUUAAAGGAUGUGACUACGCAUUUGCCGUCUGUCUCAGUACCCGACAUUGGCCAGCAGGACAUGUCAUUGCCUAUUCAUGCACAACCUUAUCAAGUGAUGGACAAAUCUUCCUUAAGACUGGUUGAGCACGCAGUGGAUAUGGACUUUUCCGCAGCUCCAAGAACCGUAGACAAACCUUCAGUUGAACCAUUGCAACUUGAACUGGAAAAGAUCAUCGCCAACAUUGGUGUUGAUUUGAAGGAAGUAAAAACUAGAAAUAAAAAUGUGAAGUACAAGUUUCGAAUUAAUCCAAUAAUGUCUGCUGAAGAAUAUACUAAAUUUCUUGAGCGAACAAAAGCUUUGAAGGACCCUGUUAAAUAUUAUGCAAAGAGCAUCCAGAAAUUUAAUGCUGAGGAACAAAAGGAGAAAAAUAUUGAAGACGACUAUGUAAAUCCCGUUCUUCGGGAUCUAUUGAGGAUGACAGUGAAAGAAAUCCCGGUACCCAUCAUCCCUCUCUAUUUGAGAGACCAACCUUUGGCACAGGCUGAACCAGGUAAAAUUCCACUUUUUGAGUUUCCAAUCACAGAGGACGAUGUUUAUCGUCAUGAGGCUCUUCAGGAAAGAACUGAUGAAGAUGCUCCCCAAGAAAGAAGAGCUGAUGCUGAUGUUUUAAGAAUAGAUUCUGAUGAUGCCUGAUUUGCAAAACGUUGACAGGUUUUUAUUCUUUGUCUGCAUUUUGGAAAAAUGUGGUUGGAAUUUUUCCCAAUUACAAUCUAAUUUUUCACAUGAUUAUUACUUUAUACUAUUAUCAAGCUAUUUAUUCUCUUUCAGCCACAACAUUUUGAAGAAGCUUCAUUACCGUUAAAUUUGGAAGAUGGAAGACAAUCUUUUCCACAAACACUAGAUGAAAAUGGCAUUGAAAGAAUUUAUACGAAGGGGGUUUCAAUGAGCUUGGACGAAGUUCUUAUUAAAAUAACUGAUCUUUGUACUCAAAUGGAUACUACAAUAAUCAGAUUCAUAGACGUAUGUGAUAUUUCUAAAACAAAGCUUGAAGCAGCUAAAGUUUUUGUACGUCUUAUUGACUUAUGGCAGCGUAAGUUAGUCCAUCUCCAUCAGACCAGUCCUCAUCCAGCAGAUAUUUUUAUAACAUCUUGUUGA